AUGAGCAGGGAAUGUUCUGAUCCUGAAGUCACUUUGUAUAAAAUCACUGCUGAAGAACCUUCUAAAAUGUGCGAAUGCCAGGCUGAGUUCAAUGAUCUCCAUGCCAAGCUUCAUGAUGCUAUUAUGAAAGGAGACCAAGAGAAUAUCAAAAGCUUGCUAAAGGUCCAUCCAAUCAAUGAACCCAUUACUAUAUGGAAAAACUGUGCUUUAUUCCCCAUACUUCCAGCUCAGGGGUUAGCCAUCCUUCCAAUCCACUUGGCUGCAACAUACAGAAAGGCAAAGAGUUUACAAUGCUUACUUCAACUAAAGGCUGAUAUAGAGUCAAGGGAUGCCUUGGGCCGAACAGCACUGCAUCUGAUAGUCGUGCACUGGCCCAACAUUAUCCAGGACUGGAUCGUACCAAAGACCAAGUUCGAGAAAGCCAUGGCGGGCAUGCAGAGCCGGGCUGAAUGCUGCCUGCGGCUGCUAUGCCAGCAUGGGGUGCAGGUCAAUGUGGCCACCCAGAGCAGGAGCCAGGAUACAGCGAUGCACCUGGCUGUGCGCCAUGGGGCCUGGCCAGCAGUGGCCAUCCUGGCGUGGCAUGGCGCCAACCUAGAGGCAGCUAAUCAGCAUGGUAUGACCCCGCUGCACAUGGCCAGCGGACUGCUGGACCGGCGCAUGGUGCAGGAGCUGCUGGGUCGAGGGGCGCGGGUGGACAGCAAGGUAGUGGGCAGCGGCAGCACACCGCUCCAGUUGGCGGUCUGUGCUGCCUCAGGCAAGGGCGCACAGCAGCUGGGAGCCGGUCUGGACUGUGUGCGGGUACUUUUGGCAGCGGGUGCCAGUGUGGAUGCCCAAGACCAGCAGGGGAGGGCAGCAGUGCACGAAGCCUGUUUUGGGGGCCGGGAGGAGCUCAUUGACCUGUUGCUGGAGCACGAUGCUGACCUGGGCCUGUGCACAGAGCUGGGCGAGUCGCCCCUCUCCCUCUUCCUGGAACGCAGGCCCAAUCUCCGGUGCAGCCGCCUACUGGCCAAACUGCUUAGCCUCUCCUGUCCUCUGCGGAUUGCUGGCGGGGAGGGGGGCCGGCUGCCCGGUGGGCUGCUAAGCCCGGAAUUCUGCCAGCACCGGGAGUUCCUGCUGGCCCUGAGUCAGGAACCACCAGCCCUUCAGGAUCUCUGCCGGGUGGUAGUCAGGAAGGUCUAUGGCUAUCGGCAGAGGCAGCAUCUCAAGGAGAUCCUGCCCACCUCGGUGUGGCAGUUUGUGUAUGGUUACUGGGACUAUACAAAGAGACUGGCAGAGAUCGCAGUCAAGCCAAUAGAAUGGCCGGACCAUGAGGAUCAAGGGGAUCUGGAUAACAGCCUGCUCCGCAUGCACCUCUAA